AUACAAGGCUCCACACUUUUACUUAUCUACCAAUAUCUACUGGGCAAUAAAGAUAAUUUGGAAAAAUAUUGCUGUUGAUAAUAUUAUUAUUAAUCUGAUAACAAUACUUGGACAAUAACGGCACAGAGAUCGUGUAUUUUACUUUCCUCGUUAACAUGAGGACCGAUUGGUGCGCAAUAUUAGCCGUGGUGGUAGCAGCCGUUGCAGUCCGUGCUAACCACUACCACCCGGAACUUAAAUUCAAUAACAAAGCAACCCCCAACAAUGCUGCAGAACAAACACCUGACUACUGGAGAAAUGAAGCAAAAGAAGGCAUCGAAAAACGAUUGCGCCGAUUACAAAACAAUAACAUAGCUCGCAAUGUCAUCAUGUUCCUAGGCGACGGUCUUUCCGUGCCCACGCUAGCCGCUGCUAGGAUUUUAAAAGGACAGCGCGCAAACCGAACUGGUGAAGAAACAGAAAUGUUUUUCGAAUCAUUUCCCACUGUCGGUCUGUCCAAGACAUACUGCCUAGAUGCUCAAAUCGCUGAUUCUGCAUGCACAGCCACCGCAUACUUAACUGGCGUGAAGAACAAUUAUGGUACUACUGGAGUAACGGGUGCAGUGAAAAGAUACGACUGCGAGGCUUCUACGGAUCCUUCCACCCAUUUGGAUUCGAUUGCCGCAUGGGCUCUUGCAGAAGGGAAAGACGCAGGUAUCGUGACGACAACACGAAUUACGCACGCGUCCCCGUCUGGUGCAUAUGCUAGGAUAGCCGACCGAGAUUGGGAAAACGACGGAAAAGUUAUCGACAAAAAAUUUGAUCCUAAAGUGUGUCCUGACAUCGCUUAUCAGCUCAUACACACUGAGCCAGGAAAACAGUUCAAGGUAAUUUUGGGAGGUGGAAGGAGAGAGUUUUUGCCAGAGAACUUCACCGAUGAGGAAGGUUCCAAUGGGCUUAGGAGGGACAAUCGAAAUCUCAUCGAAGAAUGGGCAGCUGACAAAGCAGCACAGAACGUGAUUCAUCGCUACGUAUGGAACCGUUCUCAGUUAAUGAGUCUGCGUGACAAUCCACCGGAAUACAUACUAGGCUUAUUUGAAUCCAGUCACAUGCAUUAUCACAUGGAACGAAAUAGACAAACAGAGCCAACACUAGCAGAACUUACAGAAGUCGCAAUUAACUCCUUGAGACGCAAUGAAAAGGGUUUUUUUUUGUUUGUAGAAAGUGGUCGUAUCGAUCACGCACAUCACGACAAUUAUGUACAACUGUCUCUAGACGAGACUCUGGAAUUUGACAUUGCGAUAAAAAAGGCAGUGGAAAUGCUCGGGGAGGAAGAUACAUUGAUGGUGGUAACCGCUGAUCACUCACACGUUAUGGCCUUUAACGGAUAUUCGGUUCGAGGACAUGAUAUCCUGGGUGCAGCGGAAGAAUAUGGACAUGACAAUAUACCCUUUCAAACUAUCUCAUACACUAACGGACCCGGGUACCGGAAGCCAGUAAACAACACUAGAGUUGAUGUCACAACCGAAGAAAACUACAAGGACCUAAGGUGGAUGACCCAUGCGGAAGUGUACAGGGACGACGAAACCCACGCUGGUGAUGACGUAGCGGUAUUCGCCACAGGACCCUAUCACCACCUGUUCACUGGACUGUAUGAGCAAAGUCAGAUUCCCAUGAUCAUGGCGUACGCUGCAUGCAUCGGUCCCGGACUGCAUGCUUGUAGCAGCGCUGUUCUGAACCAUCCGCUAUCUUUGCCAAUCUACAUAAUUAUUUUUCUUUAUAUUGUUCCGCGUUAUAUGUUGUAGGGACCUAUGUAUAAGUUCGUAAUCGGAUAAUGUUGAACGACUUAUAGUAAUCGAUGUCGAAAAUGAUGCGACACAUCGAUAUUUAUGGAAGUACUGAUAUCAAAUCAAUAACAAACAAAAAGACCGGUUAAUUGUUUACAAAAUGUAAGUAAUUGUUGAUCAUGACGUUUGAUUUAGUUAGUUGCUAGUUUCCUACGAAUGUUAAUCUAUAAUCCAACUCAAAAAGAUCCUAAGAUAUUAAACAAUUACUGAUAAAUACAAUUGAUAAGCUGUUUACUAUUUUCCUUUUGGUAACAGUUUGUUAUUUGAGAUACUGUUACUAGAUAUGAAUACUGACGAGUAUUUUGGCAAUAACUUUUUAAUCAUACUUGCUCGUGUAACGUGAGCCACAUAUAAUGUGAGCCAAUCUUUGCAGUAUUUUUAUCAUACGGCUCUCGAUAGUUACUUUUCUUUUAACACGGACAAACAGCUGGCUCGGCCACCGCCGUUUUCUUACGCCGCGAGCCCAAAAGCAGUGGACUUUUUGGUUUUAUUUAUUAAAAAUAAUAUAAAAAACAGUCGGCUUUAUUUUAUUUACCAUAAAUGAUACCUCAUAGAAACCACGGCAUACAUAACUGUAAACUGUCGCGUUGCGUUAUACUAACAUUUUAAAAUAGGAAGAAACGACGAGAUAGUAGCUAGGUUUGCUAAUACCUAUUAAAAUGUCUACGUGCCCUA